GUUAUGUUUACAAUUUUACAUUCAUAUUAAGCCAAAUAUUUACCCGAAAAAGAGAUUUCUAAGAUAAUCUCGACAAACGGCCUCUCUCAUAGGGAACAAAGAACUUGGCUGCUGUCUUGAAUCAAAGCUAGAGCUAUUCUCCAUAUACCUUGUCUUCCCCAGCCUCACAAACAAGCUCUACUCAGAACACCAUGGAUUCACAGAGCCAGAAUACUUCGUUGCAGCGGCUGCAAAAUGUUGAGAAGAGGAUAGUUAGAGUUCUGGAGCUAGCAGGAGGUGUAAUGGAUGAAAUGGCAAAUCCAAGCGGUCCGAGGAAGGAGCUUAUUAACAACCAUUGCAGUGAGUUUAUGCAACUAAUCAAGGACAUCCAGGUCACACUGCGCGAAGAAAUCAAAAGCGCAUGUGAAUAUCGUCCUUUUGAGAACUGUGACUAUGUACCAAGAAUAUCAAAUGAAAUCUGUUGCAAGAAACUAGAAUACGUUAUUUCUCAGUUUGAUGAUAUGAAGCGAACAAUUGAGGGGUAUCAUGCUGCAGCGUUAGACCAUAUGGCCCUAGAUUAGUAAUGUAGGAAUAUGUCCCUGUAAUGCUGGAUUUAUAUGUCCCUGUAAUGCUGGAUUUAUAUCUAUUCCACUUAAGUUCAUUA